UUAAAAUCUGGACAACUGGGUUAUCUCAUUUAUAGACUUCACCUGACCUGCAUCUUAAAGUUACCUAACUCCUCCAUAUCAGCUAAUAAAAGUGAUAUAAUUCGUAUUCACCCGUAUCAAGGUAAAUAUCACCUGUUUACAUGUUCAGGGGUGGUCGCGGGGGGUCGGCGAGGGUGCCCUGCAUUCAGCCAAUCAGAAAGCACGGAGCGUGAUAGGUUAUUUGUAGUGGGAAUUACUGAAGUUAUAUUGUUUAGGCAAGUAGCUUGCCCGUCGUCUGUCGGUUAAAUGAGUCAUCAUCCACAUUGAGUGUCACAUGGCGGUGAAAGCGGAGUAUACAUGCUUGCAACAGUUGAUAUGCCGCAAGGGUUGUGAACUUGGUAUUUAUCGACUGCUAAUUUGACUUGCCCGUCACUACCUAUCUACAGCCACUGAACAGUCAGAAGUGAGAGUACUCGUUUGAAAAAAAAAAUCACAGAAGAAAGGUGUUUUGGUCUGUUGACAAGGGAUUAUUGCGGAUGCUCAGGCCGAACCCGUGACCUAUAUUUGCAUUGAGCAGCAAUUAGUUUGUCGUCUGCUUUUGGAAGUGACAGCUGUUGAGCGCGCGCACGCAUUGUGAUUGUCGUCUGCUCUCAGUGAAGUCCGGAUGUGGUGUUUGGUCCGUGCACUGGACUUAAUGUGAACUUGCAAAAAAACAGUAUUCUUGGAGUUUUAUCACCGCCGUGUGUGUCGAGACUUAUGGAAAGAGCUGAUCGCAACAGAAUGGUUCCUGUCGAGGGUGCUGAUAAGUAUACCGACUCCAUUGAGUUGUCAAACGCAUGCAGAGAAUUCUACCAGUCGAGACUGAAAAGUGCGCAGACUUUGAAAGAAAAAUGGGGAAGUGACAGAAAGGUUGUGAAUAUCUCUGACAGCAAUGGAAAUGAAAAGAAAAAGUCAUCAAUUGACAUCGCCAUGGAGAAACUCCGAAGCGAGAUGGCUUCGUUGAUGGACCAGGAUCUAUCACUGAUGAAACAGCUGCUGACGCUGAACGAGGAGAUUGAGGAACUGAAGUGGCGGAGGAGAUACUGUUGGAGCAAGAGUUCCUUCCUCAACAGUUCCUGUGAAGUAGCGAGCACUGAUUGGUCCCAGUCGGACAUGUCCAUUACCAAGAUGGGGGACGACCUACCGCCCAAGUACCCGUCACCAUCAAGCCUGUCUCUGUCCAUAGACGAUAGCAGGUGCUCGUUCUACGAUGACGCCGAUAGUGCCAGAACCUUGAGCCGUGAACAAUUGAAAGGGUCCAUGUCCAAAAUGGUUCAAAAGAUUCAGAAGCUUGAACGUGAUUCUUAUGACUCUGGUAUUAACGAAGGUUACACAGAAACGUCGAUCCCUGUUCCCCAGCCUCUUGUGACACACUUGUGAUGACAUAUAGGCGACAUCGUCUUCAUCCGUACAUUCAACACGGCUUGUGCUAAGAGGCUGAAAACUAGGGUAGUUAUUCUCAAAACGAACGAUAUAUUAAUAUCAGCCUACGUAAAGAGCCAUUGAUGACUGGUGGUAUUCUAGUCAUACAAAUAAACACGAUUUUUCCUCUUGUAAAUGCAAAUACGGCCAGUCAUGAAGGCGGAAGUGGUUGGAAAAGAAAUGACCUUUAGUGACCUUAACAUGGACGCCAAGCGUGAGGCUUCGUGGUUGUGCGUGACUUAAGCGUUAUGUUGAGGACUACACAAUAAGACCACGUUGUCGACGACUCGCACGUUGACGUGGGGGCACAAAGAGGACGAAGGUCUCUCACCCGACAAUGUUUACAUCCGUGGUUUAUUUCAGUACACGGAUCGGUGGCCAUGUGAACGUUGAAGUAGUCACAUAAGUGCAACAGUUUCAGACAGUUCAACGCCAUACCUUGUCUCCGAUACAAUGCUUGAAUGCAUGCGUUUAUGCAUUUUGAAAGCAUGCGUGUAUGCUUAAUUAUUGCAUGAAAAGGUUUGAUGUAAUUCAUAAAAGAAUCCAAUGUACAACUGGAAUACAGUUGAAACUUAUAACAAAAACGGACAUGCCUUAGGCUUGAUAUGCCUCAGUAGUUGGAACUCUUAAGGAUGGUUGAAUAUUGAAUAUGUGUAUUUUAGAGAUUGAUAUGAAUGGUUGUGAGUCGAUGUUUGGCGACAUGUUGGUAUCUGAGGAUAUUGAAUCAGAAAUUAUGACUAAGUGCUAAAUCUCGUCAUAUAUAGAUCGCACAUGAGCCACGCUAGUUUCUUGCCAUAUCUAGCAGUGCUACUGACAUUGUUACAAGCAUUGCUUCGGGCGAUGAUGUCAUACCAUAGAGCUCUGGCUGAUUACUUGUGAUUCAUAUUUUGACAGGGCUUCGAGGAGCUUUACUGAACGGUUGACAGCAAACUUGAAAUAUUGAUAAGCCUGAACAAAUAACAAUAAACGAAAGUGCCAUAAUAUUUCUUUUGACGACUAUGUGUAUUGGUAACACAUGCGUGUACAUAUGUGAUCAUUAGCUUUGAAUGUGUUAGGCUUAUAUGUUCUAUCCUGUCCAGAUUUCAUUUACGCAAUAAGAGUGAGUCUAAGCUGAACCACAAAUACGAAGUUUGAUGCCAAUUUUAAAAAUGACUUUACAUGACCAACCAUUUUGUAAAUUUUAAAAUAUUUUAAUGUUGGACAGUGUGAAAAGGAAAUACUCAAGUCGAUCCAGAAUUAAAAUUAAGCGUUUUUAUGAUUUUGUAAUGCAUCUGCUUCCUCAAACUUCCACGAAUGUGGAAUAAUUCUCUCUCCGUUCAUCGGUUUCAUUUCUGUUUCGUUCACUGAUCCCUUCAACAAACAAAUUCAUAAACUAUGUAAUAAUAAGAGGAGAGGCCAAAUAACACUACUUGGUCAUUUUAAAUCAGGUGACACUUUUGAUACAGGUGUCGAUUGUAAACGAUCUAACUGUAAAUCAAUUUAGAUGACAUAAUCGUUGUCUUAUGACUGAUGGGUAUUUCUGCAUAUCCUCUUCAUUGUUACAUUUGUGUAGUAUAAUGUUUGCUACUAUAAUAUGACAUAUCUUAAGAGUAAUAACAAGCCACAUUAAACUUUUACAAAAGUCACCUAUCAGCACAUGCACAGGGUAUACAGUGAAUCUGGCUGCACUGAGUAUUUACCUGACACUCAUAUUGUAUAAUGUGUAGCCACUUGAAGUGUCGCGAUACUGACCAAUGUCCAUUGUCCGAUGUCCAAUGCAAAGUCCAUUGUAUUGUGCAAGUCUCAAUGCAACCCAGUGUGCCUAUCAGUGGACGCUUCUGGUUCCCCGACUGCACUGAUGGAGACACAGUGUUAUUGUUAGUAGUAUGUUCAUGUACAUUCAUGUUUGUUCUUUAUUUAUUGAUUAUUUCUCCAUAAUAAAAUGAUAUUACACAUA